AUAGAGAGAGAGAGAGAGAGAGAGAGAGAGAGAGAGAGAGAGAGAGAGAAUAUGAAUAUAUGAUAUGUAACUUUAUAUAGAUCUAUAUAAUGUUUCCCUCUUCAGUACCCAACCCUCAAAACAUCCAACCACUCAUUCGGUCUUCUCUCUCUGAGCUUUGUUUUUCGAAACAUGGAAGGCUUGAGCUUCUUUGUUGGGGCCAUAGGCAACAUUAUCUCAGUACUUGUUUUCCUCUCCCCCAUAGGGACUUUUUGGAGAAUAGUGACAAACCGAUCCACAGAAGAGUUUGAGAGUCUUCCUUACAUUUGCACCUUAUUGAACUCAUCUCUAUGGACUUACUAUGGAAUCACAAAGCCUGGAGGAUUACUUGUAGCCACUGUUAAUGGAUUCGGCAUCAUCGUCGAAACUGUCUACAUCGCCUUGUUCCUUAUAUUUGCACCUGAAAAGAUGAAGGCUAAGACAGUGGUUCUUGUGGGGAUACUAGACGUUGGUUUUCUAGCAGCAGCGAUAUUAUUUACUCAAUUGGCCUUGCAAGGAGACUUACGGAUUGAAGCCAUUGGGUUAUUGGGUGCGGGCCUAAACAUCAUCAUGUAUGGCUCGCCUCUAGCUGUCAUGAGAACAGUGGUGACUACGAAGAGCGUGGAAUAUAUGCCAUUCUUCCUGUCUUUUUUUCUUUUCCUAAAUGGAGGAAUUUGGGCUUUCUAUGCUUUUCUCGUGCAAGAUUAUUUCCUUGGGGUAAGUUCUAAUUUUUUAUUUGCACAAUUACCUCAUUCAUAUAUUAUUACAAACAUCGAAUAAUACACGUCUAAAAGGUACAACUCUCGUUUUUAAAGUACUUCACAUUUAUCUUCCAAACUACAUGAGAUUUCGAAAGAUAAUUCUAAUCACUCGAAUUGCAAACUUAGGGUGCAUGUAUUAUAUGAUCUCGAAAGUACGAGAGUCAAUGACUCUAAUACUAUAUGUAAUGUCCAAACUUAUAAAAUAUAUUUUAUAUAAUGAAGGUUCAAAUUGAACUGGGUACACAAAAAUCUUAUAGCCCUAGCUACCACAAAUCUUGUUAGGUUUCUGAUUCUCCAUUUCUGGAUCAGCAUGAUGAAGUUAGACAAAUGUGUGGGUGUUGAGAUUAGGUACACCUUGGAAAAUACAUAGAAGUGGGUCACCAAACCUCCCACACCUAUAACCAUGUCUACAAUAGGCCAGGAGGGCCAGCAAUAAUGCAACAUAGUUGAACAUCAAAAUUAAGUAUGUGGGUCCAUAUAUAUAUAUAUAUAUAUAUAUAUAUAUAUAUCGUGUUCUGGAAAGUUUACAAUUUGUGCAAGUCUUGUCCUAUUCUUUGUACAACUUAUUUUUGGUCACUAGUCUUUUGUUAUUAUCUUUGAAGCCACCAAUACCAUAGUUUUCUUGAUGAUGGGCUAUCACAUUCACAGCUAUGUUGACGCUCCUCACAAUUCCAUUUAAUAAGAUGUUUUAAUCUUUGGCAAGAAAAAAUUGUAUGGAGGAGAAUAAUUCAAAGCUUAAUCUUGCUACGUACGAGAACUGGUGCAGCACAUUCUCUUAUGAAUUUGACCAUCAAGUCCCUUGGGGCUAUGGUCUCGAGGUGGUUGCAUCUAUUUCCUUGGGGAAAAAUCGAACCCGGAGUGGCGGAAAUCGGAGGGAUGAGGAGAUUCGGAAGGUGUUACGCUCCCGAAGAAUUGGAAUCCCCCAGACCCAUCUCAUUUUCAUAAAAAGAGACGAGAGAAUUAGAGUAUUCAGUUUAAUACUCUAAAUUCACAAGUUAAAUUAUGACAUUAGUUAGUCUCAUGGCCCAGAUUACUGGCCCAAAAUAUUUUGAAAAUAUUGAAGUUGUGACAAAUUUGAAGGGCCAUUAAAGCUAGUAUGGCGACUACAGGCCCAUUAAGGAUGGCCUGACUACAGGCUCUGGGCCAUUAUUUUUGGGUAGUUUAUGUAACGGGUCGGACCUUAUACUAACGAAAAAUGAGGUAAAAUUAUGGCACAGGUACCAAAUGGGAUUGGUUUUAU